CAGAUGAGGGGCACACGUUAAUUCCUGCAAAUAAAUGUCAUGUAGGCCUAGGUUAAACCACGAGAAAGUUAUUUGUUAUUUAACAUUUUCACCUAGUUUCUCAGCAGUUCAAAUACAGUCUUCACUAUAAACGUGCAACCUUUGUUUCAAUUGUUUCAACAUUUAGGCAGCGCGUAUUUGGAACUGGACAAAUAAGUCUGGCCGCUCUGUUCACUGUUCAGUUUAGCACACGCUGUCACCGGGCGUUGUAGCAAGUGGAAUGGCUGGACCUGUUUUGGGAAUGUUUUUUUGCUCUCUCCUGAAUUACAAAACAGCAAAAUAUGUUAUCGCCGAAAAUAAGAAAGUUGGAAUAUUAUUUAGACUCUAUCAAUUGGCCAUACUGGGAUACUUAAUCGGAUGGGUGUUUGUGGUUAAGAAAGGAUACCAAGAGAAGGAAGAUACUUGCCAGAGCUCAGUCAUCACCAAACUCAAAGGUGUUGCCUUGACCAACAACUCAGUCUCUGGACUUCAACUUUGGGGUGCAGAGGAUUAUGUCAUGCCACCGCAGGGUGAGCAAGUGUUCUUCAUUGUUACAAACUACGUAGAGACCCCAAAUCAGAGACUCGGAUUCUGUGCCGAGAGCCCCAAGGUGCCAGACGGCCUUUGUGUAAACAAUUAUGACUGUGAAGAGGGCCAAGCUGUGAAAGCAGGCCAUGGAAUAAAGACUGGGUUCUGCAUUAAUGAAACGGGGACCUGUGAGAUACACGGCUGGUGCCCUGUUGAGCACCAAUGGAAACCAUCGGAGGCUUCCCUAGCCGUGGCCGAAAACUUCACCGUCUACGUCAAGAACUUCAUCAGGUUUCCUAAAUUUGAAUUCUCCAAAUCAAAUGUACUUGACACCAGUGAUGACACCUAUCUGAAGAGAUGCCUCUAUGAUAAAGUCGAUCAUCCUUACUGCCCCAUCUUUCGCCUCGGUGAUGUAGUCAGCUUAACAGGAAAUAGCUUCCAGGACAUGGCUGUGAAGGGUGGGUCAAUUGGAAUUCAGAUUGAGUGGAACUGUGACUUGGACAAGGACUACUCGCAGUGUAACCCAGAAUACAACUUUGUCCGUUUGGAUUUGAUCUUAAACAACUCAGCCAUAUCCGGGUACAACUUCAGACAUGCCAGAUAUUUUAAAGAUGAAGCCGGGGAGGACUAUCGAACCUUGUAUAAAGUGUAUGGAAUUCGCUUCGAUAUCAUGAUCAGUGGACGGGCUGGAAAAUUCAACAUUGUGCCUACAUUAAUUGCCAUUGGAUCUGCGAUUGCUUUGAUGGGUGCUGGAGCCUUCGCAUGUGACAUGAUACUUCUAUACACGAUGAACACAAGUUCCUACUACCGUGAGAAGAAAUUUGAAAUAAUCAAAAAAGACCGGGGCUCAAAGCACCGAGAUGACAAGACGACGCACCGAGACAAACGACACAGGAAAGCAGCCAAUCAACACGCCGUCACAAACCUUUCUCCGUCCACACAGAAAGCAGAGGGACAGGAGCCAACCGAUGCGUCCACAAUGCCUCAGUCUGAGGAGAAUCCCCAGGCAGUGGAGAAACGGGGGCCUACCUGUCCGAGAAACACAGGCCAACGCUACUCUGCUGUUCUCCCUCCUCGAACCGCAGAGACAAAGCACCAUAUCACUUUCUCCCCACGGAGUUAACCAGUUCUUCUUUGAUUGAUUGAAAAGCUGCUGCAUCAUCCUUCAGAAAGCUAGAUCUGGUUAUGUGAAUACAAGGAAGGGUGAGAUGACCUCGACUGACUCCCACCAGCCAUAAAGGGCUGCUUGCACACCUCGGAGGUCACGCAUGCCCUGGUUGAACAAGGCUGUGAGCUGGCACAGUAUAGAAAUGCCCUGCACUAGGCUGACAUGAUUAAAGCCAAAUCAGAGAACAAAGCGCCGUUUCUGUUCAGAAGGGAUUUGUUUAUUGCAUGUGUUCAGUUGAAAGUAGAGUGAAUCUUGACAUGCUGUCGACGUCUGUUGGACCAGAAAAGCCGGGCUGAGAUGUUUACAUAUACAGUAAAUCCUUAUAAAGUCCCAUUGUAAUUCAGCAUUAAAAAUAGAGAAGCACAUUCUAUUAUUUCAUACCUCUGGGACUUUUUCUUUAUCCUUUCCAGUAGAAUUUGUGUUCCCUAGUAAAAAUGUACACAGCUGAGCAGAUGAUCAAUAAAUGCACAUAGUUGUA